AUGUCGCAAAAGAGUACAGAGAAGGUCGACACAAUGCCCGACACCGAGCUGGGCACUGAUCCUCCCCAGCCGACAUGGGUGGUAGAAUGGGAUGGGCCAGAUGACCAGGACAACCCCCAUAAUUGGUCUCCCCGGUACAAAUUAUUCGUCAGUUUGGUGCUUGUUGUUUUACCAUUGAUUGUCAACAUCGGAUCCAGCAUCAUGAGUGGCGCUCUUACAUCGUUGGAAAAGGAAUUUCGCAUUGGCUCCGAGGUAGCCAUUCUGACGACCACCACCAUGUUUUUGAUGGGGUUUGUCACCGGUCCUCUGAUAUUCGGCCCGUUGUCUGAGAAGUACGGGAGGCGAUGGCCUAUACUCAGUGGAGUCGUACUAUUCUCGACUUUCUGUAUUCCGAUCGCAGUAGCGGAAAACUUCUAUACCAUUCUGAUAUCACGUUUCUUCGGUGGCGCUUUUGGAGCGUCGUCAAUGGCGGUGACCGGAGGAGCUUUGACAGACGUGUGGAAUACCGCCGUCAGUCGUGGUAUAUCGCUAGACUGCUUCGUGGCCACAGCCUUUGUGGGUCCUGUCAUUGGGCCUAUUAUCGGCAACUUUAUCACACAGAGCCAUCUAGGCUGGCGAUGGACCAUGUGGAUCAUGAUUAUCGCCGCCUAUAGCUUCUCCAUCUUCGCGCUGGCGAGCUUGCCCGAGACGUAUGCACCCACGCUGCUGACUGCCAAGGCAGCACGACUACGAUUCCAAACCAAAAAUUGGGCACUUCAUAGUAAGAUGGAAGAGGAAGGCGAGACAACGUUCAAGUCCUUCGCGCAAUUAUAUUUGGUGCGCCCGUGGACUCUCCUUGCGACGGAACCCAUUAUGAUGCUAGUCACCCUAUAUAUGAGCUUUCUCUACGGAUUGCUAUUUCUCUUCUUUGAGGGAUUUCCCAUCUCAUUUGUAGAGCAACGUGGGUGGGAGCCCCAGAUUGGCUCUCUCUCUUUCCUGAGUCUCUUCGUCGGUAUCCUCCUGGGCCUGGCCGGCAUGGUUACUUGGUCGAUGACAAUAUUCGCGCGCCAGGUUGCUUCGACCCCUGGAAAGGUGAUACCGGAGCGACGUCUUCCUCCGAUGAUGGUGGGCGCAGUUGGGCUCCCUAUCGGAUUGUUCUGGUUCGCAUGGACAAGUAGCCCUAGCAUCCAAUGGGGCGCGGAGAUCAUCGCGCCAGCGUUGGUGUCGGCAUCCAUGUUUGCCAUCUUUAUCUCGGGUCUGAAAUAUAUCGUCGAUGUAUACCUGAUAUAUGCAAACAGCGCAAUAUCCGCGAAUACAGUCGUCAGAAGCUGCUUCGGGGCGGGUUUUCCUCUCUUCGCCAAUUCUAUGUACAGUCGGCUAGGUUUUCCUUGGGCGACCAGUCUUUUGGCAUUCCUGUCUGUCGCUAUGAUCCCAGUGCCAGUCAUUUUUUAUCUGUUUGGGCAGAAGAUCCGCAUGUGGUCGCGCAUGACAGCCAACAAAACCUGA